AUGAUGGCAGUAUUACAGAAAUCUCAUUCUCUUUCGGAAACAUCAGGAGAUAGAGUUGAAAAAUUGCAAAUACCAGUUUCUGAUUUUGUUAUACCAGUUAAACAUUAUCCAGAAAUAUGUGUGGAAAAUGAUAAUACUAAUAAUAAUAAUCGUGAUGAUACAUCAUCAUCAUCAUCAUCAUCUUUUGAGGCAUUUGUUUGGGAUUGGCCAUUUAGUGAGGAUCGUACAGCAAAAGGAUUUCUUUCUGAUGAAAAAUUUUUUGUUUGUUUACCAUUUAAUCAAGGUGGUACCGGUGAAUCCAAAGGAACAUUGAAAAAAUUUGAAAAGAUCUCAGAAUCAAACUUUAGUUGCAUAAUUGGUCUUUGCAACAAUGGUUUCCUUGGAACUUGUUUUUGGCGACUUGAAAUUGAAAUUUUACGAAAUCUUAAUAUGCUUGUACUUAAUGCUUCAAGAGAUGUUUCACGACCAGGUGAAAGAGUAAAACGUUUGAAACGUGUUCGCAAAGUAUACAAAUUACCGCCACAUUGCGACAUAUCAACAUUAACAACCGAAAGUUACGAUUGGGCUGUUAUAAUUCAAGCAAAUCGAAAAGAUGAGAAAUUUUCGAGAAAGAAUCAUUCGAAAUUAUUACAACGAAGUGUUACAUUUGAUAAUCAAAUUAGUAGAAUUAAAAUAUAA